CCACUUGUAAUCUGGCUGAUAAAAACAACCUCGUGACCAAACAUCUGGUUAAAAACUCAGAGUCACAUCGCCUACUUCAUUUGUGAAUACGAUACACAAAAGACACAACUAUGCUGCUUCUCCUCUGCUUGACGUUCGUCGGUCUGUGCGCUGGACAAGGAAACUUUCACGACCAGUACGCCAAGGUCUUUGAGAGUAAAGUUGACACUAACAACAAUAAGAUGGCCGACGUCUCCGAAUUCAAGGCCAUCUUCGACUCGUACGAUCUGAACAAGGACGGCCAGGUGCCGGUGGCGGAAUACGAGAAGGCAACUGGAGGCGUUGGAGCUGGACCAGCCGCGUUCUUCGCCCUCCUUGACCCUAACAGCGACGGCGUUAUACACAGAACAGAAGUGCCCGCCAUCCUCAACAGCUUCGACGUCAACGGAAACGGCAAGGUCACGGAGGAAGAGUUUCUCAAGCAUUAUGGCGAUCUUUACAAUAAGGUUCUCGCCAUGCAGAUUUCCGUUGGUAAAUAGAGGUCCCUUGUAUAAAUAAAGAUAUUUGAAUAGCC